CGCAAGCGCAGUUCAAAAAGUUCCCAAAAUUAGGAGCACUGCUGGGAAGGAAGAUCUCUUCAUUGCCUGCAGCAAUGUCGAAAUUGGCGAUAUCAUGGAAGUAAAAUUAUUUAUAAAUAUAAAUGGACAAUAAAUGACAAAUAACGGAAUAACAGACUAAUAAAUAAUAAACAACUGCUUCAAAAUAACUGACUUAUGUCUGUAUAACUUUACAAAAUUUCUGGUUUCUGACUGUUUCUGACUUUCUGUACAUCUCGUACAGAUUUUGUCUCGGUACAUCUCUAUGGUUUCAUAAAAAUGAACUUUUAUGAUGUUCAUUAUCAUCGCGAUCAUUGAAAGAGAUUUCAAAGUGAGGGACAGGAGUGUUUUUUAAGUUCGUGACAUCAUAAAAUCUAUAAAAUUCAGUGAUUCAACACGAGAUUAUGGCAGCGAAAUCAUACAGUAUUGUGGAAUAUUAUUCCGAGCAAAAAAAUUACAAAUGCGGAUACUGCAAGGGUCCAAAUAGUAGUUUCAGCCAUGGAAUGUGGUCUCAUAAAUUAACAGUACAAGAUUAUCAAAAUUUGAUCGAUAGAGGAUGGAGGAGAAGUGGGAGUUAUUGUUACAAGCCUAUGAUGGAUCAAACUUGUUGUCCAGCAUAUACUAUCAGGUGUGAGGCAUUGGAUUUUAAAAUUUCGAAAUCGCAAAAGAAGAUAUUAAAAAGGAUGGCCAAUUUCCUGAAAAAUAAGCUGAAUAAAGAUGAAGGAAUGGCCACUAGUGAUAUAGAUGUAGAUCAUCAUGAUAAAUUAGAUAUAAGUAUCACCGAUAUCCCUAAUUACGAAAUAUUAGCAACGAAAGCUGGUGCUAACGCUUUAAAAAUAAAUGUUACUUCAGUAUCAUCUGAAGUUAAUGAACGCUUACAAGGGGCAGAAAAUAGUCAAUCCUUUUCCGAAAGCAGAUCCAAAGCAAGUUUUCCUACUCAAUUGGCGGAGACUGACUCAAAAAGUAAAAUUUUACCUUUCAAGGAUACAGUACUUAAUAAAAAACAGAUGAGCAGCGUCGAUCCUAAUGAAAGGCCAUUGAAAAAGGCCAAGUUGAUGCGUCUUGAACGGAAGCAGAAUAAAUUGCUGUCUCAGGGAAAAUCCGUCACUGAAAUUGAAGCUAUGAUGAAAGAGCGAAAACAGCCACAAUCUGGUAAUAAAACCCUGGAAGAAUUAUUCAGUGAAAUUAAUAGCGAAUCAAACAAAUUAGAGAUGAGACUAGUUAGGACUGCGCCAAUGAACUCUGAGUAUAUCAGUACUGCGAAUGAAUCCUUCGAAGUAUAUAAAAAAUACCAAACAAAAAUUCAUGGUGAACGAAAGGUUACAAUGAAGCAGUUCACAAGAUUUCUUGUGAAAUCGCCUUUGCAGGAAUGGUGUCCAGAGGAUGGUCCUCCUCAAGGUUACGGCUCUUUUCAUGAACAGUAUUGGCUAAAUGGACAAUUAAUUGCCGUUGGUGUUAUAGACAUUUUACCUUCAUGCGUUUCCAGUGUAUACUUCUUCUAUGAUCCCACAUAUUCUCAUCUCUCUCUUGGUACAUUCAGCUCGUUGCGUGAAGUAUUUUUAACAAGACAAUUAAACAGAACGGCGCCGAAUCUCAAGUAUUAUUACAUGGGAUUUUACAUACACAUUUGUCCGAAAAUGAGGUACAAAGCCCGAAUGACACCGUCCAAGCUUCUUUGUCCGGAGACGUACGCGUUUUGUGACAUUGAUAAAUGUUUGCCGAAAUUAGAUGCUCACAAGUACAGCAGACUCAAUGACGAUAUCGAUGCAAUUGACGAAGAUGGGGUUGUCAACACAGAGGAGGUUUUAGUUUUAUAUCGAGAACGAGCGAUGACAUAUGGAACGUACAAGCGUCGAAUGUGGCUGGUUAAUGAUGAAGAUGAAAUUCGAGAAUAUGCUACCCUAGUUGGAAUGAAGUGUGCUAAAAGCAUUCUUUUGUAUCGUAGUUGUGCAGUAUGAUUAUAAUAAUAAUUUAGUGAUAUUUUAAAGUUAAAGCAGUUUCUUGUAGUCCGAGGCUAAGAAAUAAAUGUUAAAUAUGAAAAUA